UGUGCGUUGUAGCACUAGUGAAUCAUUUAGUUUUUUGAUUGGUUAAAGAUCUGUCCACAUGUUCUGAAGGCCUUGUUUGACUUAUGAUUGAAAGGAAAAUACAAGUACUUGCCAGGAGUCGAAUUUGACACCCCUCUUUUACAUUUACAGCCUUUAGAGCCAUUAGAGCUGGGAUGUAAACCUCCAGUCCUGUGGGGGCUGCAAUGACUUCUGGUUCCUGUAGUUUCCUACCCGUCAGCAGCCAGUUUCGGCCUUGGAAAGGAGGUGUAAGUGUAGCCCUCCAGAAUCUGUUUUUGAGAUUCCUACUACUGAGCUGCUGUUUCACCUGAAUUCUCCUCAGCUUUAAAGGGCAGAAAAUCAGUUAGUCAGUGCAGGUAGCCCGUGUGCUCUUUGUGAUGUUGCGAAAAUAAACAGUGUGGUCAUGUGACCUGUGACGCUGAGGUGGGGAGAGCGGUGUAAACUGCGUACGUGAGUUCAUCUUGGAGGAACGGCUCCUCGUUCUGGAGUCACCUGGAAUUCAAAAAAGGUGAGUGAGACUUUGCCUGAUCCGAUAUGUGUGAUAAUGGCGCCAUCUUCCGGCUGGCUGUUGUUACUGUUACGGGUGAAUGGUCUCGGCUUAUAGCAAUCGAGCAAUGUAGCAAAUGCACCGACUUUAGUUGGAAAGAUAAAAUCUGCGUUUAUACUGCAUUCGAGUUGAAUGAAGUACGGAAGUUCUUUACUUUCAUAUGUUCGGCCCAGGUUAAAAAUGUGAAGAUCAACUGGAGAACCACUUGGGUCUGAUCAGUGUAAUGUAAAUAACGUGUGCACACUAAAUUAACUGAUGACAAAUUAUGUUUAUUUUUUGUAUUUGGGGGAAUGCCCCGGAAUAAACACUCGUAACCCGGCUGUGUGGCGCAAGUGUAACCGCCCCCCGCCGUUCAUAGAAACCGUCGGUUCUCUUUUUCCAUGGUAAGGUCAAAAGGCACGUAUUUCACCACAGCCGUGUUUUGCUCAAUGAACAACCGGUACACGCCGUCGUCCUAUCCUCCAUACUCUCACGAUUGGUGCAACUUCUUGUCAAGCAUUCUGUCGCGGAGGCGCUAUUGGUCGUUGCAAUUCAUGCACUUGACGCGUAAAAUAUGGAUUGUAGAGAGGCGGGGCUAGACGCAUCAUCCAGCGCUCACCGUUCAAUAUGUAAAUCACAGCACGCGAUUCUCAACUCAGGAUCCAGGUUGCACCUGCUACGGCGUAGUUUUGCUUUCUGCGUUGCGAGAAAAACAUUUCCCCAAGAGAAUCCUUUCGCAGUCAUGCCCAAAAUGGCUGAUAACCGGACUCAUUUGAUUCUGGAGAAUUACAUAGGAGGAAAAUUCGUGCCCUGCUCCAGGUUUAUAGAUUCCUAUGAUCCAUCCACGGGCGAGGUGUACUGCAGAGUUCCGGACAGCGACAAGGAAGAGGUGGAGGCGGCGGUGAAGGCCGCCCAGGAGGCCUUCCCGGAGUGGGCCUCCCGGAGUCCGGCCGAGCGGGCCAAAGUCCUCCACAAACUGGCCGACCUCAUCGACGCCCACCUGGAGGAGUUCGCCCAGGCCGAAUCCAAAGACCAAGGGAAGACGGUGACCUUCGCCCGCACCGUGGACAUCCCCCGAUCCGCCUACAACUUCCGCUUCUUUGCCUCGUCCGUCCUGCACCACACCACCGACUGCAGCCAGAUGGACCACAUGGGCUGCAUGAACUACACAGUGCGCAGUCCCGUGGGAGUGGCUGGACUGAUCAGCCCCUGGAACCUGCCCCUCUACCUCCUCACCUGGAAGAUCGCUCCAGCCAUCGCCGCGGGCAACACGGUGGUGGCCAAGCCCAGCGAGAUGACGUCGGUCACGGCCUGGAUGAUGUGCAAACUGCUGGAGGAGGCUGGUAUGCCCCCCGGCGUGGUGAACAUCGUGUUUGGGACUGGCCCGCGGGCGGGGGACGCCCUGGUGUCGCACCCCGAGGUGCCCCUCAUCUCCUUCACCGGCAGCACCGCCACGGCCAGGGUCAUCACCGAGCACAGCGCCCCCUACUGCAAGAAGCUGUCCCUGGAGCUGGGCGGCAAGAACCCGGCCGUCGUCUUCCAGGACGCCGACCUGGAGGAGUGCAUCGCCACCACCGUCCGCUCCAGCUUCUCCAACCAGGGGGAAAUCUGUCUGUGCACCAGCAGGAUCUUUGUGGAGCGGAGCAUCUACCCAGAAUUCCUGCAGAGGUUCGUGGAAGCUGCUCGGCAGUUGAAAACGGGGGUUCCCACGGAUACGGGCAGCAACAACGGAGCCCUUAUCAGCAAAGAGCACUUAGAAAAGGUCAGGGGUUACGUGAAGCUGGCCCUGGCGGAGGGAGGCAAGGUGCAUUGUGGGGAAGGCGUGGACGCCCUGGACCUCCCGGAGCGGUACAGGGGCGGCUACUUCAUGGCCCCGACGGUGAUCAGCGACGUGGCGGACGGCUCGCGGUGCAUGCAGGAGGAGAUCUUCGGCCCCGUGACCUGCGUGGUGCCCUUCGACGGCGAGGCCGAGGUCGUCCGCCGCGCCAACGGGGUCAAGUACGGCCUGUCGGCCACCGUCUGGUCGCGGGACGUGGGGCGGGUCCACCGGGUGGCCCGGGGACUGCAGGCGGGCCUGGUCUGGACCAACUGCUGGCUCAUCCGGGACCUGAACCUGCCCUUCGGGGGCAUGAAGUGUUCGGGGAUCGGCCGGGAGGGGGCCCGAGACUCCUACCACUUCUUCACCGAGGUGAAGACCAUCACUGUGAAACACUGAGCUACCGCACGCCGUUCACCCUUGUGUCCUCACCAUCUCUACCCCACCUGAUUCAACACGCUACAGCGACCGCUUCAACCUUCCCCAUGACCGAUUCAACCUUCCCCAUGACCGAUUCAACCUUCCCCAUGACCGAUUUGACCUUCACAAUGAUCGCUUCGACCUUCCCCUUGACCGAUUUGACCUUCACAAUGAUCGCUUUGACCUUCACCAUGACCGCUUUGACCUUCACUGUGACCGAUUUGACCUUCACAAUGAUCGCUUCGACCUUCCCCUUGACCGCUUUGACCUUCAAUGUGACCACUUCGACAGAGUUCGGACCUGGGUUGAAAUAUGCAUUCAGAUUAUUUUAAAAAGCAAUUUUAUAAAUGUGUUCACACGUCCGUAUUUGCAAAUACUUACAACAAAUGUAUUUAAGUAUUUUCAGACACUGAGUAUUUUGGACUGUUGGCCUGCUGAGACAAGGAGUGUAUUUUUUAAGAAAUCAUUGAGAGAUACAUUCAAACGUAUUUUCAAAAUACUUGAUCUUUGAUUCCACGUAUGUAUUUGUGAACACAUUUAAAAAUACAUAGUUCUACACUUCAUAUAAUGGCAACUGCCCAUGAUCAUAUUUUAAGAUUCUACUCAACUUCAAGAUGAGCUAUAUUUGUCGGUUUGGGAGAAUGCGUAACACAUUUCAUUUCGACCUUUGCUCUUUUAACCGGUGAUUUUACUUUUCGCCAUGGAAACACCAAAGAACAAGCUGUGAUGGGGGUCAUUCUUUUAUUUACAGUACAUGUCCUCUGCAACCGUAGAAUUUCAUAGAAGUCUGCAAAAAGGCAACAUGUACUACACGUCUCGCAUACUAUGCUCUGUAGGAAGGAUAAUAUUUCAGGGUUUUAUUCAGGGAUAAAGGCUGGAAUAACUAAUCAUUCAGAACUGUUAAACUAUAAAGAAGUAGGCCUGCUCUAGUUAUCUUCUCCUGGGUAUGAGAUUGUUAUAAUCUUAUCAGCCGCGAGUCCACUUACUAAUGCGAUGCCGUGUAGCCAUUUUGUACCAGACAGCAACCGCACUCAUUCCUCAGCAAUCUGUAUCAAAAUUAAUUUGGUGUCAUUAAAAAAAAGUCACUGUCCCAUUCGCUGCUCGACGGAAGCUUUUCUGUACAAGUGAAAAUAAAUCGUUGAAACAAAAA